AUGCCAGAAUUAAGUAGGGCAGAUAGAAUUGCAGCUGCACAGAAGAAGCUGAAGGAGUUUCAAGCAGCUAAAGCUAACAAAAACGCAAAUGAAAGCUAUUCAAAUCAAAAUCCCGCAGUCGACACUUCAGGGUCUGCAGAUUACCAAGUUAACAAUACGCCUCAACAGACCAAUUACUCCUACAUGUUACCAUCUGAUAACAGUCAAUUCAGUCAAGGACAACCAGUUCAAUAUCAGCAACACUAUAACUUACCAAGUGUAUCAAAUACAGGAUAUUAUGGAAAUUCUGAAAUAUAUCAACCCCAGCAAUCGUAUGAUGUGCCGAGUGUCUCAGCGGAGUAUAAUACUACGUCUAAUUCACUGGCGAGUUACUUUUACAAUCCAAACAAUUAUUACUAUAGCCCUGCUCCUGCUCCUGCUGUUCAACCGCCAAUGCCGCCGCCACCACCGCCACCGUCUGGACAAGCAUCAGUGCCAUCUGUUCCUAGCAGUAAUUAUGCUACUCCUCCUUAUCCUCCUCCUCCGACUUCUACUACCUGUGUUGUUUCUCACUAUGGCAAUGGCGUUUCCGGUGGUGUUUCUUCCAAUGACUAUUAUACACCUGUUGGAAAUCUCACUGAUGAUAAUCAGAUCUUAUCCUCGCCUACCUCAUCAUCAUUAUCAUUAGCAUCAUCUGCAUUUCAGAUACCGUCGAGUAGAAAUAUGCACCAGGAAAUACCACCGCCGCGGCCGUCAGUGGAGUUAAAUUUAUCUGCUUAUUGUAAUCCACUAGAUUUAAAUGAUCAGAAUCAGAUAACGUCGGAUGGUUGUCCUGCUGCUGCCGCUGCUACCACUACUUCUACUUUGUCGACUUCUUCUGUUAUAUGUCCAGAAGUACAUCAGAAUACUUUUUCAUCUAUGCCUUAUAAUGUAAAUAUUUCUACUAAUCAGUUACAGGAAGAUGUUGCUACUACUACUACUACUAAAGAAGAAUCUCAUUUGGAAUCUGAAAUUGAUGACAAAGUAACUGUAGAUUAUAUGCCUACAGCGACAACCGAAAAACUUUUACAAUUAACUCGUCAGUUGGAUGGUAUACUGGAGACAUCAGAACGUUUAACUUCACUGCAUACAUCUGGCGCUACUAGUCCUCUGAUGAAUAGUGAAUACUCUUCAUCAUUCCGUACUGGUAACAACAGGUUAUUAUCUUCACCAUCGAGUUUACUAGAGUCAUACAGUUAUCCUGAGUUGUCUUCUAAUCAACAGAAUCAUCGAAUGGUUGAGUCUUAUGAGCAGCAACACCAACAACAAAAGGAGUUUUUACGUUCAACACCGAAUUCGUAUAUGUCUGGACAAUCAUCGCAAGUGUGUACUGGACAAAAUUCGCUAGUUAGAGAACUUGAGGAAAGAAAUGUUGAAUUAGCUUCAAUGCUGGAAAAACGUAAUCGUGCUUUUGAACGUUUACAAGUUAAACUUGAUUCAAUGAAAGAACAAUAUGAGCGUCGAUUCAAUGAUUUGGCUAAUGAACGUACAACUUUACAGAAUAGUUCACAACGUGAUUUAGAAAAAACUAAAGAACAAAUACGUGCACAUGCUAAAACUAUUGGAGUUUUAGUGGCUGAGAAAACUGAACUUCAAUCUCAAGUGGCACAUUUAGAUAAUUUAGCUGCAGAAAGAUUGAAGGAAAUUGAAGAAAUCACCUCUCGGUUAAAAUCAUCACGUCAACAAAUUUUAGAUUUAGAGCGUAGCGCUUCAGAAAGUAAAACUGUGGUGAAUGAAUUACACACUGGAAAUAAUGAUCUUCGAUCUGAGGUUGAACGUCUCCAGGUGGAUUUGAAACGCGAGAAAAGUGCACGUCAAAAUCUUGAAAACGAAUUAUCAGAGACCAAUUCACGGUUGACAGCUAAAUCGUGUGAAUUAGCUCAAAUGGGAAUUAGUCUAAAUGAAUUAAAACAACAACUUGAAUUAUCACAGAUAUAUGCUAAUCAAUUAGGCAGUACUGGAGAAAGUCUAGCCAGUAUUGAGAAUGAAAGCUAUCGUCAUCAACAAGAAUGGUUAACAGAGCGUGUUAAUCUACAGAAUCGAUUGAAAGAGCUUGAAUUAUCUCUAUCGUCUGCUGAUACAGAGAAAGGACGAUUAGAAUCACAAUAUCGAAAUUAUGUUGCACAGGUUGAACAACAGUCGAAUGAAUUACGUACACAAUUAUCAGAGACGAAUAAAUUAAAACAAGAAUUAGAAUUAUCAUUAGAAUCAGUCAAUAGAAAAUUACGUGAAAAAGAUGAUGAAAUUAAUGAUCUAACUUGUCGUUUAAGUUCAGUUCAAAUAAUACAGCCUACUUCACAGCCUGUUGUUGAAACUCAAUCGCCUAAUGGGAAUAAUGAAAAAUCUGAUGUGGUGGUAAUAACACCAGCAGCAUCCUCAUCAAUAUCAACAUCCGAUCAAUCAUCCAUUGAACGCAUAGAAUCACUUGAAAAUCAGCUAAAACAUCGUACUGUAGAAUUGGAUAAUUCAACUACUGAGAUUCAACGAUUAACUAUGCAAUUGUAUUCCCUACAAGAAACUGUGAAGAGUUUACAAGCUUCACUAGUUGAUCGUGACAGUGUUCUAGCAACAGCUACAUCGGAACGCAGUGCUUUAAGUCGAGCUAUGGAACAGAAUAAAACUUUAAAACAACAAAUUGCCGAUUUGCAGGAUUCCUAUGCACAAAUGACUACAACAAAUGCUAAUUUAAGCGUACAAUUACAACAAUUAGAAUCUGAAUGUAAACAAUCGAGUAAUACAAUGACAAAUUAUCAAAAACAAGUUGAUGAACUAAACAAGCAGUGUGAUGCCUAUCAAUUAGAAUUAAAAUCAGCCAAUGAAAUGAAUUAUGCCCUGUCGAAACAAAUUGAACAUUUAAAUAUUUUACAAGCGGAAAGUUUAAAUCAAGUGGAAACAAUGAUGAAUCAUUCAAAAAAUAUAUUAUCAGUUGACAAGAUAAUACAAACUAUUCAUAUAGAAGAUAUAGAGGAACAAAAGAACCAAGGGAAAAGUGGUUCUCUUCAACAUGAACAAUACCAAAGACAACAAGACGAAGAACAACAGCAGCAGCAACAACAAGAGGCAACUAAUAUGAAUGCGUUAUUGGCAAAAAUUGAAACAGAUCAGAUACAUGUCAACCAACUUACAAAUGAAAUUACAAUGUUACGCAAUUUAUUUACACGUAUUACCAAACUUUGUUAUGAAUUACAAGUACAAAAUGAACAAGACAAGGAGUUGAGUCAAUUUAGCGAUCCUGUCUAUUGUAUCAACACUUUAGAAGAUUCUGUUAAACAGUUGAUGUGUAAAUCAUCUUCAAGUGUAAAUGACAAUUGUGUACAAUGCUCAAUAUCUAUGGAACAGAAAGCAUUACAGGACUUAGAAAUACUUCAGGUUGCUCAUACACAAUUAGAAGCUAAAUUUAUCAAAUGUAUGGAAGAACUUAGCACAGUUUCAGAGGAACGCAGUCGAUUAGAAAGUGUAAAUGCUCAGUUGGAGAUGGAAGCGACAACAGUUGAAGAAUAUGUCACACUAUUCACACAUAGACGUGCUGCUGCAGCAAAACGUGCUAGAGCUCGUGAGCUACUGCUACAACGUCUUGUCGACGACCGGAAACGCUUACGUGCUCGUUUACAACAACUUUAUAAACAAAUGAAACCUGCUCAAAAUACAAAAGAGAUAAAUGGAAUUCAUAAUGAACAUUUAGGAGAUACAAAUGCGGAAGAGGUGAAUGAUACAAACUUUUCACCUGGCUUUUUGAAUGAAUUUCAAAAUCUUAUUCAAGAAAUUGAACCGACUAUCGAUGAAUCGGAGUUUGAGUCAGAUGCAUCCAACUUGAACGAUGAAGAUAUGGGUAAUUCAAUGAAAGAUUCAACCAGUGGUGGUGGUGCUGGUGAUCAUGGUGAAGAAUUGGUUCAUCACGAUUUAAUUGAUGACAUCCAACAGGAAAACCAUACAGCACAGCUAUCAUCAUCCUUACAAAGUCUACGAUAUCAUGCACUUCGUCAUGAUUGUCCACAUUGUAAAUGUUGUGUUGGUAAUCUGCUAGAAGUGUAGUGUGACAGUAAAUAAGUGGGAGGAUUGGGAAAGAAACAACAACAACACUAGCGAAAAUCUCAUUCUUAAUUAUCAUUAUUCAUAUUAUUCAUGUCUUUCAUGGUAUGUGCCUGUUUUUUGAAUUGAACCACACCAGAAAAACCAGCUAAUAACAAUAGUCUCUUCACAAUAUUUCCCCAUGUUUAGGCAAGAAAAAAGCGCUAUGUGAUCAUUUGUACAGAUUAUUAUUUUGUUUCUUCUCUUUUCUUUCGGAUUAUUUGUUGUUUUUCGUUUUUCUUUUCUUUCCUUUUUUUCCAAAAAAUUUAUGAUUUUUCUGUUGUUUUUUUUUGUUUUCCGACAACAUAAUAUUUUUGAAUUUUGUAGUAUGUUUUGGGAAUGAUGAGUAGGAUAAUACCUCGGACAAAUAAUAUAUUAAUGGUUGUGAUUUAUAUAUAUAUAUAUAUAUAUAU